GAGUGGCCUAGGACUAAUCAACACCUGACAUCAUUUCACUAAUUUCAUUUAAAUAUUUUCAAAAUUUGAAGUGUUUUUAAGUAUCAGUUUUCAUUUUAAUUUAAACGUGAAGAUUAUAAAAUUUGUCCUUGUUUAUAUGCUUGAAUAAUCAGACAAAAACUAUCAUUCCACUAAUCACCCUUCAUGAUGGAAGCCUUAUCCAAUGUUCUGCAGCCCUAACAAAAAUAUAGUGGGACAAACGGCAAGUAUUGUCACCAUUGCCCAGUUCUUUUCUGGGGCGUUUAUAUGCAAGGACAUUUAUAAAAAGAAAUCUACAGCUGGAAUUCAAGCUGUCCCUUUUAUUGGGGGUAUAACAAUUGGUAUAUUAAUGCUAAAACAAGCACUUUUGAUGAAUGAUGCUGCUAUGCUCCAAGUCAAUGUUGCUGCCAUUCUAUUGAAUGUACUAUAUCUUGCAUUUUACUACUAUUAUUCUGCUGAUAAAUAUAACGAAGUAUUGAAACCAGGCAGUGUAGGAGUGGCACUUGUUGCUGUAUUUAUGGGAUAUGCUAUUGUGGAAGAUCCAGCAUUACUUGAAUAUAGAUACAGUUUGGUGGUGACAAUUUUAAUGCUAGCAUUAAUUGGAGCUCCACUGUUAGAUGUAAAAGGCAUUAUUGACAAAGGUGAUGCUUCUUCCAUACCAUUUCCAUUGACUUUUAUGGGAACCAUUGUCACAGCACUCUGGUUAAUAUAUGGUAUAAUUUUAAAAAAUGAAUUUAUGGUGGUACAAAACAUCAUCGGUUUGCUGUUGUGCAUAGUACAAUUAGUAUUGAUAUUCAAGUAUCCCGCACCCUCAGGUCAGACUAAAAAUAAGGCUAAGAGCAAGAAAAAGUCCGCCAAAAGGACUAAUUUUUUUCGUUUUUAGAGUAAAUUGUUAUAAUUAUUUUUUUAUUAACGUUUAUUGUACAUUCCAGGUCAACCACUGAACAUAGAAACUUAAGAAAUUAUUGAUUGUUAUUUAUGAAACGAUAAGGCAAGUUGAAAGGUGAUACAUAUUUUAAUAGAUCCAUUGACAAUAAUAAAUUUGUUGAAGUUUU